UAGAGAUUGUCAGUUUUUUCCUUGUUACGCCUGUGGGUACGGUUUGCGCCGCUUGUUCAAGAGGCUAUUUCUUCACGGGAGGGGUGGAGAGGAAAUGAGGGGUGUCAUUUCUCUUUUCUUCGCCCCUACCCCCCCGAAAAACAAAACAGUCAGGGGUUUCUUUAAAGACGAGCUUGUAGUGGACUGAACAGCUGCUGGUGCAGCCUUGCGCCGGAGGGAUCAGGUGGCAGGACAGGCCCUCACUGCGCCAGGGGAGUAGGGCCGGCUGGGGUCGGCCUCCCGUCGUCACAAGCGCGCCGCGUCCCGGAGAGAGGCUUCUGGGCCCGUGUUCCCCAGCCCGGACAUGCCGGUGUUUGUCGACGACCCCGUUUUGCUCUCCAAGGAGAGGCUGAAGUCGGAGCUGGUGGCCCACAGCGUGCCGCUGCCUCCGGGAGAGAAGAAGAAGCAGGUUUACUUGGAGCUCUACCUGAAACACGUAGCCCACAAAAAGCCUGCGGACUUCUCUAGCGACGAGGAGGAGGAGGACGGGGCGCCCGAAGGCGAACUUGAAACUGUUAUUGAAGAGGAAGACGAAGACAAAAAUACAGAAGUCAUGGAUGUCUACCAGCUGACUGAUGAGCAGCUGAAGGGGGAGCUGAUAAAGCAUGGAGUGAAGCCAGGCCCCAUUGUAGCGUCCACGCGGGCCCUCUACGAGAAGAAGCUGCAGAGGCUGGUGGACCCCAGCCGGAAGCCAGCCCCCGAACUCGCCCAGAACAGUACCCAUGAUGCCAGUCAGUACUCCGACAGCGAGGAGGACGAGACGGGUUCAGAAUAUGAACCGCAGAGGGCUGUGACAGGCACCGGCAGGGCUCACCAUGGUCACAGUCAGCUCAGCCAGCACAGGGAAGGCAGUCCUCCAAAGAAUGAUGAGGACUUUUAUUUCUACCCACAGUGUUUCUCAGCUUGUCAAAGAACAGUGAAGCUCAGGAAUAAUCCUGCUGGUGAGUGUGUGUCCACACCAGAUAAAAGCCAAGGUCCUGGCUCACAGUCUGCUCCUAUUCAAAGGGCCACCUUCACUGGAAUACCUGCAGAUCCUGGGGUGUCCCCUCCUCUGUACUCAUCCCUGCAGGCCAGUAAUGCUGCCAGUCCUGCUGUCUCUGCAGGAGCCGUUUUCAGCAUCACAAAACUGGUCGAGGAGCUGGAGAGCAGAUCACCAUCUACUCCACCUUUAAAGCCUCCAAGAAGAGGCAGUGACCCGAGCUGCAUUACUGCGAGUCCAAAGAUGAAGGGGGGUCUGAUAAUGGUGGACAAGGAUACGAUGACGAGCAACACUCCAAAACAUGCACUCAAGGGCUCCCUUCUUGAACGGGACAUCCAGGGAGAAUACAGGCCCAGGAAGGAGGAUGUCCUGGAGGAGAUGUUUCCUGAUGAAGUUCGCACCCCAACGGGCAUCAGUGCCACACGCAGAAGACCCAUCAAGGGUGCAGCAGGCCGCCCGGUGCAGUUCAAGUACAGCGAGAUGGUGCCCCACUCUAGACCCCUUCAGCAGGAGAAACAAGAGGAGUUGCGUUGUUUCGUUCCCAUCUGGAUCCAGGUCCUGGUCUUCUUCGCCUUAGCUGGCUUCUUCCUGUUCGUCUACUAUACCAUGAACAGCCUGUCUGAGUACACAGAAAUCUCCGGCCAAGGAUCAGAAGUCACUCAGGAGCAGCUGCCUGCAGCCCCACAGGAGGCUGCGAUGGCGCAGGAUACACCACUACAUACAUUUGGGCAGGAGUGACACCAGAUACAGGCACCAGUCCUUCUGCACCUACAGGGUUAAACAGUGUUCCUUAUCCAAGGUCCUGGGAGACCCCCUUAAGCCAGGGCUGUUUUGAUUGUGGAUUGUUUAUUUUAAAGAACUACGGAACAGCUGUGGCUUGUAUUUGGUGUAAACCAAUUUGUUUUGAAUGAGUGGACUGGGUUCUAUGUAGACUGAUGGCAUUCUCCCAAUAUGAGGGUUAGAAAUGGUUAUAUGCUUCUGAGGUGGAGGGGGGAGAGUUAUUUUUGCAGUUUUAUAAAAAUUCAUCAGGUCUAGGGCUUUUUAUUCUUUUGGUGCUAAAGAAAAGUGCCUUUCUGGAGAAACAGAAAUUAAACCUAGGAGUUUGGUCAACGUUUUAUAGAUAAUGAAGCAAUAAAGUUAAGAGCAACAGCAGUUCAGUUCUAAUUUCAUUUGGAGAUCUAAAGAGCUUGUCCUCCAUAGGUUUUCGGUGGUGGUUGAGUAAGGCUUAACAUCCCAUGGUUGUGCGGCACAAACGGCCUAAGGUCUCAGGUUGUAUAAGCACUUCUAAUAUUUCCGCAUCUCAGAUUCCCACUCUGUGUAUGGAAGCACAGAGAAAAGGGGAGGUAAAAAGGAGCUCUCCUGUGGCAUGUAUGAAUGUUAGAAGGUGUUAUCCUCUGCCUUAUAGUGGUAUGCCAGCAUAGACCAUCUGGAAGUGUUCCAGCAAUUUCUGAAGAGAUUGGUAUUUUCACGAUGCGAAAGAAGCCUGAUCGUCAGUAGAAACGUAGCGCCACAGCGCCAUCCCAGCACAGCCCAAGGGGGUCUCCAGUCGUUUGCACUUGAACUGCAGCCCUUGACUUCUGGCUACUGGUUUUAAGAAAUAUGUAAUGUUUGGUUCGUGUCCUUGUAGGUUUUGUAGGCGUUGUUGUAAAAACUGGUAUGUUUCCAAACUAUUUGAAAAAAGGUUUAAUAAAGGAUUUAUUUCAUAAAUGA